GCGCGGUAGUCAGGGAGCGGUACGGGGUUCUGGUGGCUGCCGAGGUGGGACGAGGGGCCCGGCGCUGGGGAGGACUGCCCAAGCUGAACUUGUCGUGAGGAAGUAGGGCUACCGGGCGGGCCUAGCUGCUGGCGAAGGACUCAAACGUAACCGUUCUCCUAGGCGGGGGGAGGCGGUACCUGACUCCCGGACUCUUCCGCUCUUCGCCGUAACUUUGAGGUGUGGCAGGGUUAGUGGACGGCGCUUUCCCGGGAUCUGGGCGUGCAGGAGGUUUAUGGCCGCAGGGGUUAUAGUGUUCCUCGUGGUAACUGGGAUAACAAAACACAUGUCUGUAAUCCGGAUUAUCCGCGGUGAUUUGGGGCCUCCUCUACUGCUCGUGUAAGUUAAAGGCCUGUUCUUUGAAACUUCCUCCUCUUCCACGUUGCUCUGCAGUCAUUUUGCCAGCCAAGCCCAUUCUGGGAGGGGGUCACAGCCACCAACUUGCUGGUAAGGUCGAAAGACUGUGUAAGACUCUUGUUAAAGUUAAGUACGUUAAGAGAAAGGAUUUUGUGGAUUCCUAGAGUGUGUGGGGUAAGUUCCAGAGCCUCACCAUGUCAGGGAAACGGAAGCGUGUGGUGUUGACCAUUAAAGAUAAGCUUGAUAUAAUAAAGAAACUUGAGGAUGGAGGUUCUUCUAAACAACUGGCAGUGAUUUAUGGAAUUGGUGAAACAACAGUUCGGGAUAUAAGAAAAAAUAAGGAAAAAAUUAUAACUUAUGCAAGCAGUUCUGAUUCCACAAGUCUUCUGGCCAAGAGGAAAUCUAUGAAGCCAUCCAUGUAUGAGGAACUGGACAGAGCUAUGUUGGAAUGGUUCAACCAGCAAAGAGCCAAAGGGAAUCCCAUAUCUGGACCAAUUUGUGCUAAAAGAGCAGAGUUCUUCUUUUAUGCUUUGGGUAUGGAUGGUGAUUUUAACCCCUCUGCUGGUUGGUUAACUCGUUUUAAGCAGCGACAUAGCAUUCGAGAGAUUAACAUUAGAAAUGAAAGGUUAAAUGGAGAUGAGACUGCUGUGGAAGAUUUUUGUAAAAAUUUUCGAGAUUUUAUUGAACAAGAGAAUUUGCAGCCUGAACAAAUCUACAAUGCAGAUGAAACUGGACUCUUUUGGAAAUGUCUACCUUCCAGGACUUCAGUACUCAAAGGUAAAUGCAUUGUCCCUGGGUACAAAUCAGUUGAAGAAAGAGUCACUGUCAUGUGUUGUGCCAAUGCAACAGGUUUACACAAACUUAAACUUUGUGUUGUGGGGAAAGCAAAGAAACCUCGCUCCUUUAAGUCAACUGAUACCUUAAACCUACCAGUCUCUUAUUUCAGCCAAAAAGGUGCAUGGAUGGAUCUUUCCAUUUUCCGGCAAUGGUUUGAUAAGAUUUUUGUGCCACAAGUCCGGGAGUACUUAAGAUCCAAAGGUUUGCAAGAAAAGGCUGUGCUCUUGUUGGAUAAUUCACCAACACAUCCAAAUGAAAAUGUCCUGAGGUCAGAUGAUGGCCAAAUAUUUGCUAAAUAUUUGCCACCUAAUGUGGCUUCAUUGAUUCAGCCUUCUGAUCAGGGAGUUAUAGCAAUGAUGAAGAGAAACUAUCGUGCAGGUCUUCUUCAGAAUAACUUAGAAGAAGGUAAUGACUUGAAAUCAUUCUGGAAGAAGCUAACUCUGUUGGAUGCACUUUAUGAAAUAGCAGUGGCAUGGAACUUAGUAAAACCAGUUACGAUUAGCAGAGCAUGGAAGAAGAUUCUCCCUAUGAUAGAAGAGAAAGAAGGCUUGGACUUUGAUGAAGAAGAUAUUUCAGUGGCUACUGUGGCCACCAUUUUACAACAUACCAAAGGGUUGGAAAAUGUUACUACCGAGAACAUUGAAAAAUGGCUUGAAGUAGACAGUACUGAACCAGGCUAUGAAGUGUUAACUGACAGUGAAAUCAUUAGAAGAGCGCAAGGCCAGACAGAUGAAUCCAGUGAAAAUGAGGAGGAGGAAAUAGAACUGAUUCCAGAGAAACAUAUUAAUCAUGCAGCUGCUCUCCAAUGGACUGAAAAUUUACUGGAUUAUCUAGAACAACAAGGUGAUAUGAUUCUACCUGACAGACUGGUAAUACGAAAACUUAGAGCUACCAUCAGAAAUAAGCAGAAGAUGACAAACUCAAGUCAAUAAUAGCAUUUCAGUCUUAUCAUUGUUCUGGUGAUUGCAAUAUGGCUUAAUUUUCUCUACUUUUCACAUACAUCCUAUGAAAUAGAUUUAAAAAAUUAAAUCUGAAGUGGUUUUAGGAUUAUGUGUUUUCAUCAUCUGUGUCUUUUGUCCCUUUGUGCAGAUAAUCAGAAGCUGAGUCCAUAUAAAUAUAAAUUAUGUGUACCCAUGUAUUCAGUUUUGUAAAUCUGCAAUUAUCCAUUCUAUAGCAGUGGCAUUCCUUAUGUUUUCAAGCAAAAGUUGGAGUUACCAGUGAACAGAUUGAGCACUUUCCCAAAAUCUUCUGCUUGAUUUAUGAGGGCUCUCAUAGUAAUCUUUUCUUAUGCUAACCAUUGUUUUAUAUAUUUGUAUAAAGUGAUAGGAUAAGAAAGAUCUAUAUUGUUAGAUUUCAGAAUGAUAUAAAUUAAAAAAAUGAAAUUAAUGAUGGGGUAAUCUAUGAAUUAGAAAAACAAUUUAGAAACAUUUGUGUGGGUUCAAACAGAAAAUUAUUCUGGAAAUGAAAUAAAUAUAGGAAAUGAUUGCUGAAUGAGCAACAAACUAUUGGAAAACUGAUACAUAAAAGGAACAUUCUGGUCAAUUCAUUUGUAGGAAAUGGGAUUAAAAAUUGGGAAAUUUAGGGGGACAGGAAAUAAAUAGGCUUGUUUUAAUUUGCCUUUUUUAUUAUGUUAUGAAUUGAGUAACAAUAUAAGUUUAUUAUUUAUUCAGGUGAUUAUAGGUUAUGUAAUGUUACAUGUGGGAAUUUGAAAUGUUAAUAAAUUUUUUGGGGUUUUGGGGUAUUUUUAGUUUUCAUGUUUUUUUACUGCAUGCUUGGAAAUGUUAUCUAUAAUUUGGAAAAUUUUGUUGUACCUAGCCCUUUUAUUUGAAAAGAAAAUAAGGAAUGAAAAGAAUGAAGAUUUUAUUAUUUUGAAUGUCAUUAUGUUUGUAUUCCAUUUUAAGAAGAAAGCAGAAAUAGUUAUGGAAAGUGCCAGACACUGAGGAAUUUCAUUGUUAUUAUUUUGACAUUUAUAAAAAGGUAUUAAUCUAAAAUUUAAUCUGUCAGAAUUUUGAUACAUUUUCUUUAUAAACUCAAUGUUUAAUGUAUGUAAGAGACUGCAUAUGUUAAUUAAUUUAUAGGCAAAUGUUUCCAUAAUAUUUCAUAUUUUGGCCUAAAAUAAAAAAAAAGAAUCAUUAUUUACAUUUUUAAAAGGUUUAACUUUUUCAUUGAAAUACUUAACACUUUUUUGUGCCUUUUUUAGAAUUAACUUUAAAGGAUUUUUAGCUUUCCAUAAAUUCUGUUAUCUUCAUGAGAUACAUAGACAUAUAUCUAGAUUUUUUGUAAGACUUAUUUGUGAGAAAGGUGUUUAAAAAUUGUGUUUAUUGCAUAAAUUGUGUUGUCGUACAUUGGGGGGGAAGCAUCAGAAGUUAACAUACAUAUUGAAUCAGAUAAUUGCACAUCCUGCUAUAAAUUAAACUGUAUAAAGAAGAAUUUUUCUAAAGUGAAAAUAUGUACUAAGAAGCUUGGAAUUUCUCACUGUUUUUAAAAUUAAUCAUGUCAAUGAAAAUGCAGCUGUAUCAUUGCCACCUAGUGGUAAAAUUAACAUUACUGUUCAAAGCUGUGUGGUUUUAAACUUUAAUAUCUAGUAAAAAAGGUUCACUGUUUUGUGGCCUUGGGUGUGAAUCUUACAACUUUUUCUCUAGCUGGUGAGGUGUGAGACUGCUUUCUUUGGUUCAUAGCUAUUUGCUUUUCUCUGAAAUUUGCCAACACUGGUAGGUUAGCAGUUCUGUUUUGGACUCUUCCAUUCUUAAUAUAAAAGGUAUCAAUUACUGAAAUACAUUUUGUGUUCUAAACAGUGUUCAUAUGUCAUGUAAUUGUCUAAUUAUGAAUUAAGCAAAAAUACUCUUAAUUGCUGAAGAUUAGUUGGCUGCAGUUAAGAGUUUAAGCCCGGGUAUUUGACUUGAAUUAUCUGUUUUCUGAUUUCCAGUUGGCCAUGCACAGUAUCAUUUCUCACUUCAACAGUUUAAAACCCAGCAUUGAGAAAUUGAACAGUUCAUGCAAACAUUUCUCUUAAGAGGCAGUCUCAGAGAAUUGAAGAGUUGGCACAGCAGAGUACCAACAUGGAAGUCUUUUAGGCCAAAGAUACUGGAAAUUACUACUACCAAAAGCACAGGAGCAUGUACACACUCAAAUGUAUACAGAAAUAAAAAAAAAAAAAAAAGCCCCCAAAUGAGACAAUAUGGGGAAGAGAGUGGUGGUUCAAAUAUUGGUAGUGUGAGCUCAGAGGAUAAGAAAAAAAAUAGGGAAAUGUGGCUUGCAAUGAAGUGUGUUUUGUAAUUUUGCCCAUUUCAGCAUCCUAUUCCUGGGCUUAUUAGUUUGUGGCUUCUCAGUCUUAGAUGAGCCCUAUAAGAUCUCCACUGUUACUCUUUCUGAUUUCCAGUUGGCCAUGCACAGGCUCCUUUCUCACUUGAACAGUUUAAAACCCAGCAUUGUGAAAUUGUUGAGAAACCUGUGGAACGUUGAAAAAGUCAGUGCCAAGUUAAAUGCACUUGGUCAGUAGUUGUGGCAGACGAUGCCAAAAUCUGUUUGGGUUAUAUUCUAUCCCCAAAGUCAUUAAUUGUUAGUUCUCAAUUCUUGUUCCAUCAGUGCUUCAUUGGAGACUGUGUUUGGCAUUAUA